AAUUACAUUUUUGCUGUUGUUGUCGAAUUCAAUCAUAAUAUUUCUUUUGCUACCUAAUACCUAUAUAGACAAUUGUAAUAAAUAAAAUUCAAAUCAAUUAUUAUUUAUUCAUUAUCUUCCAGUUACUAUUUGUUAGUUACGCGUUGCCUUUAGUUGUACAUAGAUAUUGAAUUACUAUUGAUGUACACAUAAUUGUAAUUUGCUUGAAGUAAAAAUAACUUGAUUAAGGAGAAUUCAACUUUACAUUCUGUAAAAUUAUGGAUUCAUCUGAAACCCUCUGGGAUACAGAUUCUACUGAUUCUAGUAAUACAGUUAUAUUGUGGACCAAUAAAACACCUAUGGUUAAGUGCACACCUUUACCAUUCUUUGAAAAUCUACAUAAAAAACGAGAUCAUUUAUAUAAAAUACCCACUGGAAUAAGUGAACACUUUUAUAAUUCGGUAAUACAAACGAGUGAAGAUUUUGUAAAUGGAGUGAUUUUAGAAUCCAAACGGGCGGUACAAUGCUAUUUAAAAAUGAAUAAAUUAGGGUUUUCAAACUCUAACUAUGACAGUGAAAAUAUAAUGAUAAAUAAGUAUAUUAUACAAGCAUGUAAAGACAGGGCAUUUUUAGAAUCCAAUCGUUUAUUAUUUUCUAACCCAAGUUGGCUCAACGAAAACGGGAUUUUUGACGACCAAGUAGCCAUAGAAAACAUUUCCAAUUAUAUAAAACAGCAUUGGAACUUGGAAAAAAAAUACUUAUACAGUGUUGAGAAGUCAUCACUGAAAAUGACUGAUGUUUCUUGUCACGGUUACAAGGCGGAAUUUUCGGUGCCUACCAAUGAGUAUCCGAUUCCUCAAGUAACGGUAAGCGUGUAUUUCACAGUAAAUGUAACGAAUUUAGUGUCACUUCCGGCGGUGUACAUAAAAUAUCAGUUAGAGACGGACAGACAUGUGUACGUGGUAGGCAGACACUCAUUCAACAAGAAACAUUUUGAGCGCCUGUUUAAAACUAAACGUGACACGUACAUGGUGAUCAACAAAUACACUGGAUGGUCGUCCGGACCAAAUCACAGCGUUGGUUUUAAUUCUUAAAAUAAAAUAAUGUUCGGUUGUUAGCCUUUUGGGCAUUCUGAACUUCAUAGUUUUUUUAUUAUUAUUAUUUUGAUUUUGUUUGAUACCUGAAAUUUAUAUUCACACAUGAAUGCUUUAUGGAUUUAUAAUAUAAUAAUAUAUUGUACAUGUGUACCAGUACGACAGCUA